UAAGGCGGCCGUUGUGAGGUUGCGUAAUGGAGUUCACCGCUACCAGCGUUCCCCGUUCAGCGAGUGGCGGGUGAAAUCGGAGCGAGGAAGUUUUAUGUGACAGUUCAGUAGAGCUCGGCGACGAGCAAGGUGUGGGCAAGCGCCAGAGAGAGUUGCAUGCAGCCAGAUCAUGGGGUCCAGCCAGUCGCUGGGAGUGCCGAGUGGGACCGGACCGUUUAAAGUGGGAUGUACAGAUGUCAUGGCUGAUCACACAAGGCAGGGAAGCUUCUUCCGCCUUUAUUACCCCACUGAGGCUGAGCAAUUAAAGCCGGUGUCAUGGAUACCACAAUAUCAAUAUUUCGUUGGCCUUGCUGAUUACCUGGAUAAGAGCAAGAUGUGGUUUCCUCCUCUGUUGUCCCUGGCGUUUGGUCAUUAUUCAGUCCCAGUUGGAUGGAACGCUUCUUUCAGAGCUGUGGAGAAAUACCCUGUGAUUAUAUUUUCGCAUGGUCUUGGGGCAUUCAGGACUGUGUACUCUUCCAUCUGCCUCGAAAUGGCAUCCCAGGGGUUUCUCGUUGCCGCCGUGGAGCACAGAGAUGAAUCAGCUGCCUGUACCUAUUAUUUCAAGCCACAAAUGGAGGAACAUUCUGCAGAUGCUCGCUCUGACCUGGAAGAAGUGUGGCUGCCCGCCAGAAAGCUGAACGCAGGCGAGGAGGAGUUCCCCCUUCGGAAUAACCAGCUGUCUCAACGAGUGGAGGAAUGUGGCCGGGUUCUGAACAUCCUUUCCGAAAUCAACAGUGGCACGUCCAUCAAAAACACCCUCGAGAGCUUGCACCUCUCUGAUCUGAAGGGCUGCAUUGACCUACAGAAGGUUGCAGUGAUGGGUCAUUCAUUUGGAGGCUCCACAUCGAUCUUGGCGCUUGCCAAGGAUAAACGGUUCAGGUGUGCUGUGGCUCUGGAUACCUGGAUGCUGCCACUAGCAGAGGACAUUUAUUCCGAGGUCAUCGGUCCUAUAUUUUGCAUUAACUCUGAUAAGUUCCAGACAAAGGAGAGCCUUGCAAAGCAGGAGAGGCUGAAAUCCAAAAACAUUGACCUCAAGAUUAUCACCAUCGUGGAUUCAGUUCAUCAGAGCCAAACAGACUUCACUUUGCUGACCGGAGACUUGCUCAGCAGGGCAUUUGAGACGAGGGGAAGAAUCGAUCCUCUAAAGGGUCUUGAAAUCACCAACAGGGCUGCGAUGGCCUUUCUGCAAAGACACCUGGAUCUACAAAAGGAUUUUGAUAAAUGGAACGCCCUUGUUGAAGGAAAUGAUACACACUUGGUUUCUGAGCCUCGCCAUUCGUAAAAACCUGCUGCUGAUUGACGGAGUCCCACCAGUUCUUUAAUGUGAAUGAGAAUGCUUCAGAAGUUUUCUCUGCAAGACUGAAAGAAUACCUUGUAUGAAGGAUCUUAAAAUAAUUGACUGCAGAAGUUGCACUAAUACGAUGUCAAGUACGGGCAAGCCAAUAAAUCUGACCCUACCAACAGGCUCCUCUUGUACUGCCUCCU